UUCCGGCCUCGCUUGCUGUCUGACUGGGCGCUCCUUAGGGCUCGUUGCCGCGUGAGGAGAAGCCGUCGCCAUCAUGCCGGUCUACUUCCAGCGGCCCGAGAACGCCCUGAAGCGGGCGAACGAAUUUCUUGAGGUUGGGAAGAAACAACCUGCUCUUGAUGUUCUGUAUGAUGUUAUGAAAAGUAAAAAACACCGAACAUGGCAAAAGAUCCACGAACCAAUUAUGCUAAAAUACUUAGAAUUGUGUGUGGACCUCCGGAAGAGCCACCUGGCAAAGGAAGGAUUAUAUCAAUACAAGAAUAUAUGUCAGCAGGUAAAUAUUAAGUCCUUGGAGGAUGUAGUACGAGCUUAUUUAAAACUAGCAGAAGAAAAAACUGAAGCUGCUAAAGAAGAAUCUCAACAGAUGGUCCUAGAUAUAGAAGAUCUUGAUAAUAUUCAGACUCCAGAAAGUGUUCUCUUAAGUGCUGUAAGUGGGGAAGAUACCCAAGAUCGUACUGAUCGGUUACUUUUGACUCCGUGGGUUAAGUUUCUGUGGGAAUCAUACAGGCAGUGUUUGGAUCUUCUCAGAAAUAAUUCCAGGGUGGAGAGACUGUAUCAUGAUAUUGCCCAACAAGCUUUCAAGUUCUGUUUGCAAUAUACUCGUAAGGCUGAAUUUCGUAAACUCUGUGACAACUUAAGAAUGCAUUUGGGUCAAAUUCAGCGUCAUCACAAUCAAAGUACAGCAAUCAACCUCAAUAAUCCAGAAAGUCAGUCAAUGCAUUUGGAAACUAGACUUGUACAAUUGGACAGUGCUAUCAGCAUGGAGUUGUGGCAGGAAGCUUUUAAAGCUGUGGAAGAUAUACAUGGGCUAUUUUCCUUAUCCAAAAAGCCACCAAAGCCCCAGCUGAUGGCAAAUUAUUACCACAAAGUUUCUACCGUAUUUUGGAAAUCAGGAAAUGCACUCUUUCAUGCAUCUACACUUCAUCGUCUUUAUCAUCUUUCAAGAGAAAUGCGAAAAAAUCUCACACAAGAGGAGAUGCAGAGGAUGUCAACAAGAGUGCUUUUGGCUACUCUGUCAAUUCCAAUAACUCCUGAACGAACUGACAUAGCUCGGCUUUUGGACAUGGAUGGCAUAAUUGUUGAAAAGCAACGCCGAUUGGCAACAUUGUUAGGACUUCAGUCUCCACCUACUCGAAUUUCUCUUAUUAAUGAUAUGGUGAGAUUUAAUGUAGUUCAGUAUGUUGUCCCAGAGAUAAAAGAGCUUUAUAACUGGCUUGAGGUAGAUUUUCAUCCACUGAAGUUAUGUGGCCGCGUAUGCAAGGUUUUAAACUGGGUAAGAGAUCAAUCUGAGAAAGAGCCAGAAUUGCAAUUAUAUAUUCCUCAUCUGCAAAACAACACCAUCCUUAGACUACUUCAGCAGGUGGCUCAAAUUUAUCAAAGCAUUGAAUUUUCUCGCCUGACUACUUUGGUUCCUUUCGUGGAUGCUUUCCAACUAGAACGUGCCAUUGUUGAUGCAGCCAGACACUGUGAUUUACAAGUUCGCAUUGAUCAUACCACCCGAACAUUAAGUUUUGGGUCCGAUUUAAACUAUUGCACCCGAGAAGAUGCUCCUCUUGGACCUCAGCUGCAGAGCAUGCCUUCUGAGCAGAUUAGGAACCAGCUGACGGCCAUGUCAUCUGCACUUGCAAAGGCUCUAGAAUUUAUUAAGCCACCUCAUCUAUUGCUAGAAAAGGAAGAACAACAUCAACAGGCAGUUACAGCUUACUUAAAAAAUUCAAAGAAGGAACAUCAGCGUAUCCUUGCUCGCAGGCAAACUAUUGAAGAAAGAAAGGAACGUCUUGAGAGUUUGAACAUUCAGCGUGAAAAAGAAGAGCUGGAGCAGCGUGAAGCUGAACUCCAAAAAGUUCGCAAAGCUGAAGAAGAGAGACUGCGCCAGGAGGCAAAAGAGCGUGAAAAAGAGCGUAUUCUGCAGGAACAUGAGCAAAUUAAAAAGAAAACUGUUCGUGAACGUUUGGAGCAGAUUAAGAAGACAGAGCUGGGAGCCAAGGCAUUCAAAGAUAUUGAUAUUGAGGAUCUUGAAGAAUUGGAUCCAGACUUCAUUAUGGCAAAACAGGUUGAACAGCUUGAAAAAGAAAAGAAGGAAUUGCAAGAACGUCUGAAGAAUCAGGAGAAAAAGAUUGACUAUUUUGAAAGAGCAAAACGUUUAGAAGAAAUUCCACUGAUUAAGACUGCCUAUGAAGAACAAAGAAUCAGAGAUAUGGAUCUUUGGGAACAGCAAGAAGAAGAAAGGAUCACCACCAUGCAACAGGAACGUGAAAAGGCUCUUGAGCAUAAGAAUAGAAUGUCACGGAUGAUAGAAGACAGUGAUUUGUUUAUAACUAGGCUCAAGACUGCAAGGAGAUCAGUUUAUGAGGAAAAACUUAAACAAUUUGAAGAAAGAUUAGCAGAGGAAAGAUGUAAUCGUUUAGAGGAACGUAAGAGAGAGCGCAAAGAAGAAAGACGCAUUACUUACUAUCGUGAGAAAGAGGAGGAAGAACAAAGGUUGCAAGAGGAAAAGAUGCUUAAAGAGCAAGAAGAGAAAGAACGUGUUGAACGUGAAAAACGUGAACUAGAAAUGCGUGAAUAUCAGGAACGUGUUAAAAAACUAGAAGAGGUGGAAAGAAAGAAACGUCAAAGGGAAUUAGAAAUUGAAGAGCGGGAGCGUCGUCGUGAAGAGGAGAGGCGGAAUCUUGACGAUCCACUUUCGCGAAAGGAAUCACGCUGGGGUGAUCGAGAAAGUGAUAAUACUUGGAGAAGAACUACUGAUCAGGAAUCAGAAUGGAGACGUCCCCCAGAAAGAGAGUGGCGGCGUGGGGAAGUACGUGAUGAUGAAAAAUCUAUACAAAAAGACGAUGUGACUAAGUCUACUACUCCACAAGAAGACGGAGAGACUACCCAGGAAGCACCAGAAGAUAAAAUACUGAAACAGGAUAAAGAGGAAGAAAAGGAUCCUAGCAAAGGCCUGGAUGAUGACCGAACGAGUUGGCGUUCAACUGGCGAUGACAGGGCCCCCAGGCAUGGCUUGGAUGAUGACAGGGCCCCCAGGCGUGGUUUAGACGAUGACAGGGCCCCCAGGCGUGGCUUGGAUGACGACAGGGGUCCCAGGCGUGGCUUGGAUGACGACAGGGGCCCUAGGCGUGGCUUGGGAGACAGGGGCCCUAGGCGUGGCUUGGAUGACGACAGGGGCCCUAGGCGUGGCUUGGAUGACGACAGGGCCCCCAGGCGUGGCUUGGAUGACGACAGGGGCCCCAGGCGUGGCUUGGAUGAUGACAGGGGACCCAGGCGUGGCUUGGAUGAUGACAGAGGACCAGGUGGCUUGGAAGACGACAGACCAAGUUGGCGUAACAUGGAUGAUGACAGGGGACCCAGGCGUGGACUGGAUGACGACAGAGGACCCAGGCGUGGGCUGGAUGAUGACCGAGGGCCCAGGCGUGGGCUGGAUGAUGACCGACCUAGUUGGCGCAGCACAGAUGAAGACCGAGGACCCAGGCGCGGGCUGGAUGAUGACCGAGGGCCCAGGCGCGGGCUGGAUGAUGACCGAGGGCCCAGGCGCGGGCUGGAUGAUGAUAGAAUUUCAAGGAGUGAUGAGGAUAGACGACCUUGGCGUAACACAGAUGAUGAUCGAGGAUCCAGAAGACUGGAUGAUGACAGAGGUCCCAGACGCGGAGAUGAUUCCAGGCCUGGACCUUGGAGACCAUUUGGUAAACCAGGUGGAUGGAGAGAACGUGAAAAGGCUCGAGAAGACAGCUGGGGACCUCCACGGGAUUCCAGACCAUCAGAAGAUCGUGAAUGGGACAGAGAUAAAGACCGUGAUGAAAAGGAAAAGGAACGAGAAUUUGACAAAGACCGUGACUUGGAUCGGGAAGAUCGUUUUAGGCGUCCUAGGGAUGACACUGGCUGGAGAAGAGGACCAGCUGAGGAAGCCUCUAGUUGGAGAGAGUCAGGUCGUCGUGAUGAAUGGGACAGAGGUGGUCGUGACUCUAGAGACGACCGUGGUGGUCGUGAUCUUCGAGGUCGUGUUGAAGAGAGAGAAAGGAGAGGACCUCCACCCAGAACAGAUCGGGAAGAAGUGAGCUCAUGGAGGCGUGGUGAUGAUAGAAAGGAAGAACGUGAAGAACGUGAAACAGUUAGAAAACCACCACCUCCUGCUGCUCCUACUCCUGGUCCUUCUGUUUCCAAAGAACGCGAAAAAGAGGGUGAGAAAGAGAAAGCUUGGAGAACAGAAAAAGAACGAGAAGCCCUUCGUCGCAUUAAAAAUGAAACUGAUGAAGAGGGUUGGACCACUGUACGACGUUAAGUUCAAAACCUGAAUGGUUUUAAUUGGUGUUUUGCAUUGAUUUGAUAACAGAUUAUAAUAUUGGUGCUUUAAGAGUCUGAAUUUGAAUUCUUUAACAAAGUUUUCUAGAAAUGAAAGCAUGAAACCCUUACUUGUAUGCAAACUGAUCAUGCACAGAACUUACAACUAAUAGUUGGAAAUUAAAUACUGGUUAUCUAAAAUUUCAAUUGUAUGUCACAGAUCACUUGGUGGUAAGAAUAAAAAAAUAAAUUCUAUAGGUAUCUUUGAGUGGCAUGUACAUCUCAGUCAAAAACAAAACUAAUUUUUAUGUUAACUAACCUUAUACCUUAAAAUGGAUAUGGCCUGCAAAGCAUAUGUUUAAAGCAAUGUUUCUGGUUCCAUAAAUAAAUGACUUUGUAAGGCUGUACAGUCUAAAAUUGGUAUUUGAUGGCAGAGGUUAUUGCUGGUAGUAUUAUUGGAUUCAGUAUGUUUUAAUUUGAUUUAUAUAGAAUAAAUGUCAUGGGUCUUUAGCUAUGCUGGGAAUUUUUCUUUUGUUUAUUUUCAGUAGAUUCUACUUGAAUGCACAGUUUUAUCAAGCCAUUUGCAGUCUACUUUUACAAUGAGUGCCACAGUAGUAUUGAAACAACAGGCUUUUAAAAUUGAAAGUAUUUGAGUAAUCUUUUUGCUGAGCAUUUUUGUUCCUUGCUUUGUAUAGACACUGCUCUUUCUGGUAUUGGUAAUCUCUGCCUUUUGAAACAUUUAUAUAGUGUCAUUUCAUAUACAUGAUCUGUGGAGGAAUCAGUCACUCCUCCUUUCCUUCUGAAUUUCUUGUCUUCAGGGUAAGUGCUUUACCUUUAAACCAAGUGCUUUGUAGUAAGAGUGGGUUGACUUCAAUUUGGGGCUGAAAUAGCAAUGUUAGUGAUUGUUUUUAAUUGAAGCCAACACAGAACUUGCUGCUAUGUGUUAACUUCAAUGAUAAAUAAACUUAAAAAUCUAACCUAGAA